CAUGGGUCUGCUCCAGAAACUUGUUCUGCCUACCCACUUACCCUUGGUUUUAUCCAUCUUCAGUUUUGCUUUCCCUUUUCUGAAAAAAACAGAAGAAAAUGUCGUGCUGCGGAGGAAACUGUGGCUGCGGCACUGGCUGCAAGUGCGGCUCUGACUGUGGAGGAUGCAAGGAGAACCCUGACAUCAGCUACACGGAGAGCACGACCACCGAGAAGGUUGUUGGUGUUGCUCCCCAGAAGACAUGCAAGAUGUACCCUGACUUGAGCUACCUGGAAAGCACGACAACCGAGACACUUAUUGUUGGUGUUGCUCCCCAGAAGACACACUAUGAGGGUUCUGAGAUGGGCGUGGGAGCUGAGAAUGGAGGCUGCAAGUGCGGAUCCAACUGCACCUGUGACCCUUGCAAUUGUAAAUGAGAUAGAUCUUAGCCUUUAAAGCAGAGAUGGUCUUGUCUUUGAAAACUAUAUUAAAUAGCAUGCAAAUAAAAUAAAUAAAUAUGCGUGUCGAGUCUUUUAUUAAAAUAAAGUAGCCAUGGCUGUCUUUCUGCAAAUCUUUCUAGUCUAAAAGGUUUGCAUGGGUGUUUGCUUUCUUAUCUUUGUAUAAUAGCAGUAAGUGUAGUAUGAUGGAGAGAGUGUGUCUCUGCUUUGGUAUAUAUGUGGGAAGGAGUUGAGAGCUUUUGAUAAGCGAAUGAAACCUUUUAUCAGUUUGGAAAGCUAGCAA